CACACCAGUCUGUCUCUUUCUCUCCCUUUCUCACACACACGCCGUGACUGGACUCCGGCACUCUCUCCACUCUCACACACUCCUUGGGACACACACACACCCAGAGCACCAUGGGACGGAGCCUGAAGGCCGGACACCCCUGAGGAGGAGGAGCCGCCGGGCGCCGCCGCGGACCGGACACCAUGCCGGGAGAAGCCGUUAAGGACGCCAUGAGGACCCCGGCGCCCCCCGAGAAGCCGGCCGACCCCGAGCCGCCGGCGCCGCCGCCCGCCGCCGCCGCGGUCAGCGUCCCGCUGGUGAACGAGGUGCAGCUGACGGCGGCCACGGGCGGCGCCGAGCUGUCCUGCUGCCGCUGCACCGUGCCGUUCGGCGUGGUGGUGCUGAUCGCCGGCGUGGUCGUCACCGCCGUGGCGUACAGCUUCAACCGCCACGGCUCCACCAUCUCCUGCCUGGGCCUGGCGCUGCUGGCCGCCGGCCUGGCGCUGCUGGCCGCCAGCGCCCUCUGCUGGAGGCUGCGGCUGGAGCGCAGGAAGGAGCGGCGGCGCGAGAGCCAGACCGCCCUGGUGGCCGGCCAGAGGAGCGUCUUCAGCUGAGGCCCGGCGCCGGCCGGCGGCGGACAUGUUGGAUUUCCGGGCUGCUGGAACUCUCACGGAGCUCAAGCCGAGGAUUUACGAGUCGGCCGGACGAGGAACAUCUGGCGCUCCGGGAACGCCGCCAGGAGGGAUGUACCGCGCCGCACGGAGGACGCUUCCCGUCAGUCUGCCGCCACCGCCGCCGCCGCCGCAGAGGGGAACGGGAAGCACCCCGGCGGCGGUGAGCGGUGGCGGCUCGGCGGAACGUUUACCGUCUUGUCUUCAUCCUUCAGACUCGGCUUCAAACUUUCCUCAGCGACUCGUCACGACGAUUUGAACGACGGGAAUGUGAGAUCAGGGACGUCGACCUUUGACCUGGGGCCAAAAACAGCCCGACUUCACUGCCAGUUAGCAUGCUAGCAUCAUAGCACUCAACAAGUGAGAAAAAAUACAGAGGAAAAUCUUCACGUUUCAGAAACUGGGAACUUUUCCUGCCGCUGCGGUUCUGUUUGUUCUGAUGGGAGAAAACAAACCGAGCUGCUUCCUGCAGGAGCAGCGUCCCUCCGACUCCGCCAUGUCUGGAGCUACAGCUAACAGGCUAACGCUAACUGGAUAAAGCUAACAGGCUAACGCUAACUGGAUAAAGCUAACAGGCUAACGCUAACUGGAUAAAGCUAACUGGAUAAAGCUAACAGGCUAACACUAACUGGAUAAAGCUAAUAGGCUAAAGCUAACUGGAUAAAGCUAACAGGCUAAAGCUAACUGGAUAAAGCUAAUGGUUAAAUCUAACUGGAUAAGCUAACUGGCUGAAGCUAUCUGGAUAAAGCUAACUUGCUAAAUCUAGCUGGAUAAAGCUAACCAGGUAAAGCUAACCGUUUAAAGCUAACCAGGUAAAGCUAACCCUUUAAAGCUAACUGGAUAAAGCUGACUGGCUAAACCUAACUGGCUAAAGCUAAAUGGCUAAAAAAACUGGAAAAAGCUAACUGGCUGAAGCUAUCUGGAUAAAGCUAACUUGCUAAAUCUAGCUGGAUAAAGCUAACUGGAUAAAGCUAACCGGCUAAAGCUAAAUGGCUAAAAAAAACUGGCUAAAAAAACUGGAUAAAGCUAACCGGCUAAAGCUAACUGGAUAAAGGUAUUUCAUGAGCAUGAAGGAAACCGGCUUCCAUUGCAGAUCGUCGCUACGUUCUGCUGUUCUGAUGACUCAGUGGGACCCCUGCUGGACAGACGAGGAGCAGCAGCUGGACUUCCUCGUCUUCCUCUGAUCUUCGGCUCAGAUCAGUGUGAACUCUUCGAAGCGUAUCGGUGUAACUUGACUUUUACCAUGAACGACUGUAACUGGAUUAAUAAAGUUUUAUUAGAGCUGUUACUCACUCAUUCCAAAAUCUUCAGUGGAAAAUAAAAUAGCAUUGUUUAA